AUGGCUCUAACUGGGUGGCGUUCUGUUGCUAAUUCCGGCAAUGAAAUUGUAGUGAAGAUGGGGAAUUUAGGGCAACUCUCCAAUCAGAAUGCAAUAGCUCCAUAUAUCUCCGGCGGCAGAGGCGCAGCUGAAAGCCCUUCCAUAGAAGUUCCUCCGACCACCGCCGCGAGCUCAGAGCUCCUCUUCCAAUCCAAUCUCAGGAGGGCUUUUCAGCAGGGGAUGACGGUUGCAGUGUUUUUAUUUUAUAAAAACCUGCUAGCAUCUCUUACAUUAGCAUCUGCUGCGCUGGUUACACAGACGGAGAGGCCUCCUCUGGGAUGGAUAGGAGCCUUGCGGGUUCUUCAUCUUGCUAUUCUUGAGAUGGAGUAUGUGCACUGGACUGCUCGGAGCUUUCAGGCGAAGGUUUUAGGCAUGAUAUUGAUGGUGGGCGGAGGUUGUAUCGUUGGAUUUUAUCACGGCUCCUCUAUCAAUAUCAUGCACACUUCUAUUGGUACUCGGUUUGGAAGGACUGAGCGUGAACUUCGAGAGGACUGGUUUCGUGGUCCUCUUCUGGUGUUUGUGUCAUUAGCUGCAUCAGUUUGGUACAAUCUUCAGAUUAAGAAGGUGGCAGAGCAGGUAGGACCAGCCAUAUGGCUGAGUUUCUAUAUUUUUGCGUUGGGUACGGCUAUGACUGUGCUAGUCGCUCUGGGAUUAGAGGUGAGAUCUCCACAUGUAUGGUAUGUUAUAGCAGACAUCCGAUUAGUCAGCUACAUAUAUGCGGGCGUCGUAGUUUCUGGUCUUGCUUCAUUCAUCCAGAUUACACUCACUAGAAUGAGAGACCCUGUAUUUGUUGCUGCUUUUAGCCCCAUCUCAUUGAUAUUUGUGAUGGUGAUGAGUCUAUUAACAUUGCGGGACGUCAUACAUAUGGGGAGCAUUUUAGGGGCGAUAUGCAUCAUGUUUGGGCUUCUUAUGCUUCUGUGGGGAAAGGCGCAUGAUCCCACACCCCUAGUACUCCCUGUUCAGGAGAUGACAUAUGUACCUCGGUCAUCACCUUCAGCAGUGCCGUCGCUACAGCCACUGUCAUCGCCACAGCUAGAGGCUGGAGAGCCAGAUGGGCCAGGGCCAGAGCCAGAGAGCUGA